AUGGGCGGGCGAUGUAACGGGGAUUGCGGAUGGGGCUGGCGGAGGUCAUGCAGGAUGAGUGGGGAAGGGGCCCGGGAGGCAGUUGACAAGCUAUCCAAUCCUCCAUCCACCGCGCCAUUCAUACGAGCAUACGCCGUCUCCCCUCCCUUCCCGUACAAACAUAAAACGUCUCCAGUGAAGGGAAGCAUGGUGGCAGGCAGAGGCCGAGACGCUGCUACUUUCCUUCUCUCCUUCCUUCCCCCUUCCGCUUACCUACUUUCUCCCCUUUCCCCUCCCGGGCUGCUGAGUCUUCGGGUAACCUGCAUUCUGUUGUGCAACCUGCGCACUGCUGGGUGGCGCCGUGCCAGUUUUCCUCCUCAGGGACGCGCAGCGGGAACACGAGGUGGGCUUGUUGGCCAAAGGGAGGUGCGCAUAGUGCAACGGUCGUCACUCUCCAUCGUAGUCCCCCCAUCCCCUCCCCCUUACACGUUCCCGUCCCCACCCCUUUCUUUAUUCCCAUCCCGUUUCCCAUCCCCUCUCAGGACCUCCUCCAUCCCUUUCAACUUCCUCCUCCCCUGGCCACAUGUCCGGCUCUUCUCUGCUCCUGCUUGCUGUUCCCAUGGCCUCUCUCACCCACCCGCACAGCCACUACUGCUCGCCAAGGCAUCAUCUCAGAGCAAUAUUGAACCUUUCUCUUCAGCCCUUUCUUUACCCUUAUGCAUUCGCAUUCACUUACCCCCCUCCCCCUUCUUUACCCACUCUCCCUCCCCGUACCCCUGCCAUUAUGCUUUCUGGCUACCUCUCCCCUUCCAAACCCCCCUCCUAUUAACCCUUCCCUUUCCCUUACCCAUUCCGACUCCCCUGACCCCAAUCUCCUACCCCUCCCCUGAUCCCAACCCUCGCAGCGCCAGCCGCUGCCACGAAUUGUCUUGCGAUUCGCAUCGAAUUCACGCGGUUCCAUUGGAUUGGCUGGGCGUGCGAUGGGCGAGUGCAGUAAUCACCACCGCGCAUGCAUGUCACUGUCAAGCUGGACUGGACAUUACCACACCGCCUGCACCACCUUUGCGCGGGUGUCAGGCCUCGGCCCUCGCCUCGUCACGCUCCACACCUGCCUCUCCUACACCAACUCCCAUCCCACGGAUUAACCGACGUCCGCCCCACGGAUUCCCGGUCCUUGGCGUGAUCCCACUGUUCACGAGCAACCUGGGAGCUGCUGGCAUGGCAGAGCUGCGCAGGAGGUGCAGGGCUGCAAGUUUCCCCGUGGCGAUGUUGUUCCCCACGGCGGAGCAGCGGGAGGAGGAGGUGCGUGGGGCGAGGAAGGUAGUGGGCUGGACUGACACUCUACAGCGUUGCACCCCAAUCCCCCUUCUCCCAUCACCCACAACUUUUCUCUCACCCACCUCAUUGAAUUUCCCUCUGGCCCCUCCUGGCUGUCCCACCGGUCCCUCCCACUGGCACCCCCUCCCCCACUCACCCACUGUGUUUCAAAGAAAAACUAACUUGUACCUUGCCACUUUUUGGCCCUCCCCAUCCCUCCCCACCACCCCUCCUUCCCAUCAGUCACCAUUUCUCUCCCACCUACCUCACUCGCAUCUACCUCCUUUCCUUUCCUUCUCUUCCCUCUCCUGCUCGUCCCUCUCCCGCUCUUCCCUCUCCCUCUCUUCCCUCUCCUGCUCUUCCCUCUCCUGCUCUUCCCUCCCCCGCUCUUCCCUCUCCCGCUCUUUCGUCCCCUGCUCUCCCCGCUUCGAUCACUCGUCCCUCGUCCCUCUCUCGCUCACCUGUCCCUUUGGCCCUCGCCUUGCUGUUCUGCUUAUUGUGAGCCCAGUACUUCUCCCCGCCAUGUCUCGCACUCGCUUUCCCAUGCUCGUGCGGGUCUUUCUCUCUCCUUGCCGAUCUUUCUCCCUCCUUUCCCCAUCCAACUGCACGGCCAAAGAUAAAUGCUUGAAGGAUUAG